AAACCUUUUGAAUCUAGUUGGCGGGAGUUGCUGCGAAUUAUACAGCAAUGGAGUCCGCCUCGGGAAGUGAGGAGAAUGAAGGAGGUGCGGCGAUAGAGGAGUGCGUGAAUACGAUCCCAGUACCAAGACCACCCUCCAUUGAGGAGUUCACCAUAGUAAAGCCCAUUAGCCGUGGUGCAUUCGGGAAAGUGUACCUGGGACAGAAAGGCGGCAAGUUGUACGCAGUGAAGGUUGUCAAAAAGGCAGACAUGAUCAAUAAAAAUAUGACUCAUCAGGUACAAGCUGAGAGAGAUGCCCUGGCACUGAGCAAAAGCCCUUUUGUUGUGCAUCUGUAUUACUCACUGCAGUCAGCAAGCAAUGUCUACUUGAUAAUGGAAUAUCUUAUUGGUGGAGAUGUCAAGUCUCUCCUACAUAUAUAUGGUUAUUUUGAUGAAGAGAUGGCUAUAAAAUAUAUUUCUGAAGUAGCAUUGGCUUUAGACUACCUGCACAGACAUGGGAUCAUCCAUAGGGAUUUGAAACCAGACAAUAUGCUUAUUUCCAAUGAGGGUCAUAUUAAGCUGACAGAUUUUGGCCUUUCCAAGGUUACUCUGAAUAGAGACAUCAAUAUGAUGGAUAUUCUCACAACACCGUCAAUGUCUAAACCUAAGCAAGAUUAUUCAAGAACCCCAGGACAAGUCUUAUCUCUCAUCAGUUCUUUGGGAUUUUUCACACCAGUUGGAGAAAAAGAUCAAGACUCUGCAAACAUGUUUUCAGCCCCUAAGUCUGAAGGACAACUUUCUCAAGGAUUAAUUUGUCCUAUGUCCGUAGAUCAGAAGGAGCCGACUUCUUACUCAAGCAAACUACUAAAAUCAAGUUUUGAAACACUUGCAUCCAAUCCAGAAAUACCUGUGAAAUGUCUGACUUCUAAUCUACUCCAGUGUAGGAAAAGACUGGGUACCUCAAGUACCAGUAGCCAGUCUCAUACCUUCGUAUCCAGUGUGGAGUCAGAAUGCCACAGCAGUCCCAAGUGGGAAAGAGACUGCCAGAGUACCAAGUCCCCAGGCUGUGCAAGGAUGAGCUGGAAUGCAGCUGAAAUGCUGUAUGCAAAAUCUACAAGUGCCAUCGAGACAACAACAGAUCUGGAAUUAACACUUUCUCCCAUUCGUGACAGCAGUGCCAUUCCCGCCCCUGGAAGCAACCAAGAGACCCUCCCUAGAAAAAGCUUCAGGGAAAUCUCUUGGGAAGCAAGAGAACCAGAUAUAAAUAAUGAGAACAUGACCAUUGACGAGAGACAGGCUGGUUUCUGUCAGUCCAGUCAGUGGGCUGUAAAGUCCAGUGCUACAUCUGAAGAACACCUUGGUAAAAGAAACUGUAAAAGAAAUUUCCACUUGGUUGACUCCAGUCCUUGUCAGGAAAUUAUACAAAGUAAAAAACACUGUAUGGAGUCUGAGGCCAAUAAGGAAAGGUCGGGCUGCUGUGCAAAUCAAAAUACAGGCUUGACAACGGAAGUCCAGAACCUAAGGCUAUCAGUGUGCGGAAGUCAGCAACAUGACUAUGCUAAUAAGGAGAACAUUGUCACCUAUUUAACUGCAGAAGAACUGCAUAUACCAACGAUAGCAAAGAACCUUAUGUCUGAACUCGAUGAAGACUGCGAGCUGAGCAAUAAAAAGGACUGCCUCAAUUCUAAUUCUGUAUGUUCUGAAGAGGACAGAGCUCCUAAAACUGUCUGUAUGGAUUCUGAUUCAUCCUUUCCUGGAGCGUCUAUGAUGGAAAGUUCACUGGAAAUUCAGGCUUUAGAACCAGAUAAAAGCAUCAGAGACUACUCUUUUGAAGAACCAAAUACUGAAGAUCUACUUAUGUUAACAAAAUGCCAAGAGAAUUCCUUGCCAAAAGAUGACUGGCAUGCUUCUAGCCAAGACACUAGCCAAAUGUUAGCUCCUCCUUCAAAGGUGCCCAAAACAUUAACCUCUAAAACCAACAUCGUGGCUUUUCGAAGUUUUAACAGUCAUAUUAAUGCAUCCAGUAAUUCAGAACCAUCCAAAAUGAGCAUAACUUCUUUAGAUGGUAUGGACAUUUCCUGUGAUUACAGUGGUUCAUAUCCCAUGGCUGUGACCCCUACUGAGAAAGGAAGGGUCUGUAUGUCACAUCAGACUCCAAAUCAGGUCAAGUUGGGAACAUCAUACAGAACUCCAAAGAGUGUGAGAAGAGGGGCACCGCCAGUAGAUGACGGACGAAUUCUAGGGACUCCAGAUUACCUGGCACCUGAGCUCUUACUGGGUACAGCCCAUGGUCCUGCGGUAGACUGGUGGGCACUUGGAGUUUGCUUGUUCGAAUUUCUAACAGGAAUUCCCCCUUUCAAUGAUGAAACGCCACAACAAGUAUUUCAGAAUAUUUUAAAAAGAGAUAUCCCGUGGCCAGAAGGUGAAGAAAAGCUAUCUGAUAAUGCACAAAGUGCAAUGGCCAUGCUUUUAACCAUUGACGACACAAAGAGAGCGGGAAUGAGAGAACUGAAACAGCAUCCUCUCUUCAGUGAGGUGGACUGGGAAAAUCUGCAGCAUCAGACUAUGCCUUUCGUACCCCAACCAGACGACGAAACAGAUACAUCCUAUUUUGAAGCCAGGAACAAUGCUCAGCACCUGACCAUAUCUGGCUUUAGUCUGUAGCACGCAUGCCAUUUUUAUCUAACUUGUAAUACAGAAUUAUGGUUUACUAUAAUAUGCUACUUAAUACUAGAUUGGUCUAAAUGGGAUAAGAGUCAUUAUUUUGCCUAGACUAAACAGCUUUUAAUUACUAAGUACAACAGCUUUUAUAGAGUUAAAAUACAUAAGAAAUAUAACCAGUAAUUAAUCUUUACCUUAGAACUGUAUAUAAACCAUAAUAGCUUUUUUCAUCUUAUUUAUUCAUGGCACUUUAUGAAGAGCAACAUAUCAAUAAACCAAAACACUACCACUCUAAAUAGAGGGAACGAGCCAUAAGCUU